AAAACUGCGUCUGUCUGUUCGUCGCUGUUAUUGUCGUACGUACGUCGAAGAAAACAAGCUGAAAGCCAUGCCAAAAGUCAAGAGAAGUAGAAAACCUCCUCCAGAGGGAUGGGAGCUCAUCGAGCCUACCAUUGAUGAACUAGAUGCAAAAAUGCGAGAAGCGGAGACUGACCCUCAUGAAGGAAAGAGAAAAGUUGAAGCUUUGUGGCCGAUAUUCCGGCUUCACCACCAGAAGUCCAGAUACAUCUACGACUUGUUCUACAGAAGGAAGGCCAUUAGUAGACAAUUGUACGAAUAUUGUCUGAAAGAAAACAUUGCUGACAAAAACUUAAUUGCGAAAUGGAAGAAACAGGGAUAUGAAAAUCUGUGCUGUUUAAGGUGCAUUCAAACAAGAGACACAAAUUUUGGAGCCAACUGUAUCUGCCGUGUCCCCAAGUCCAAACUAGAAGCAGGUAAGAUUGUGGAAUGUAUACACUGUGGAUGUCGAGGCUGCUCUGGGUGAUCAUCAGCUGAUGCGUGUACAUAGUGGCUGUCGUUGGAAGGACAUCUGAGUGUGGUCGUUGUCUGUACUCCUUUAAAAGACUAAAUACAUAAACUCAGCAGAGGAAGGACAUGAUGUCAUUUACCAAUUGUGUUACACAAGAUUGUUCAAAGAACAGUCCUUUAUUGGAGUUUGAUAACAAGAACAUUUUUUUCUUAAUUUCAACACAAGAAAGUAACCUGGGAGACUUUCAUACAACAUUUUUUAUAGAUAUGCAUUGUGUUAACUUGUUAUUCAUUUUACAUGCCUUAUUGGAAAAAUAAACUCAUUUUAUUUAA